CUAUGACAUCGCUGUAACAGACGCUUCAGAGUGAUGCAUUGUGGGAAACAGACGGCGCUUUUUACAGAGAUGCUGUUUUAAAACCGGGUUCAAGGGAAUACAUUUCAUCAACAUGAAGAGUGUUUUCGUGCUUGCUGACAGAGCUUGGGCGGGUUCUUGUGUUCUUUACAAGUGGCAGAAAAGUCUGGGCAAUUACAUUGCUGCUGCUGGGCAGGACAACUCAGUGAAAAUCUUUGAUCGACAUGGCCAGAAGAGGGCUGAACACAACCUUCCGGGGCGCUGCGUGGGGAUGGACUGGGAUAAGGAUGGGGACAUCCUGGCAGUGAUUGCAGCAAAGUCCAGCUCCAUCUUCCUCUGGGAUGCCAGCGUCAAUAAAAUGUCGACCAUAGAAAGCGGCAUGAGCAAAGAUCAGAUGACUUUCAUCCUGUGGUCAAAAACGAGCCCCCUGUUGGCUGUAGGGACGGCCAAAGGAAACCUGCUGAUCUAUAAUCAACAGACUUCGCGCAAGAUACCCAUCCUGGGAAAACACACCAAGAAGAUCACAUGCGGGUGCUGGAGUUCUCAGAAUCUGCUGGCUCUGGGAAGUGAAGACAACACUCUGACCAUCAGCAACCACGAAGGAGACACACUAAGACAGACAUCGCUGAAGGGCGAGCCUGCUGAAAUACUAUUCUCAGUGAUGAAAAUGGAUGAAAGGUCCUCUCAGGGGGAGAAUACUGUGAGUAUGUUCGUGGACAAGAAGAUCCUGUCGCUUUUCAACAUCAACGACCCCCAAAACCCCAUCGAGCUGGUCUUUGAGCGCCAUUACGGAAGCCUUGUGUCCCAUCGCUGGUUUGGCGAUGGGUACAUUCUGGUGGGCUUUUCCCUGGGAUACUUCGUGGUUAUCUCCACACACAUCAGGGAGAUCAGGUCUGAGCUCUACCAGGCUCACAACCAUAAAGACAGUCUGUACAGCGUGGCCAUCUCAACUGCACUAAACAAAGCCGCUUCCUGUGGGGACAACUGCAUAAAGAUCCACGAGCUGUCUGAUCUCAAAGACAUCAGCAGUGUUGUUCAGUUGGAUGACGAGACCAAAGGUCUGGAUCAGCUGAGCUGGACGGAUGACGGCCAGCUUCUGGCACUUUCCACUCAGAGGGGCACCAUUCACGUGUUCCUGACCAAGCUGCCAAUUCUGGGGGACAGUUUUGGUACCCGGCUGGCCUACCUCACCUCCCUGCUGGAGGUCACCGUCUCCAACCAGGUGGAGGGGGAGAGCCCUGUGGUAAUCCAGGUGGAGGUGGAGCCCACAUUCGUCGCAGUGGGACCGUACCAUGUGGCCGUGGGGAUGAACAACAGAGCCUGGUUUUACGGUUUGUCAAAGUUCAAAGACAUCGAGUAUUUGGGGACCAUAGCCAGCAUGUGCCUUAACGCUGACUACGCUGCAGCUCUGUUUGAAGGAAAGGUGCAGCUGCACAUGAUUGAAGGCAGAGAUACGGAGGACAGGAAGCAGAUGAAGCUUUUCCCAGAUGACAACAGGAAAGGCCGGAUCCUCUGCCACGCCCUAACUGCGGACUUUCUUUACUAUGGCACUGAUCUGGGCAACGUGGUGUGUGUGCUGGUGGAGGACUGGGAGACCGUGAACAGCUACAGCCAUUCGGUCGGCGUGAGGAAGGUGUUCCCGGACCCAAACGGCACGUGGUUGGUGUUCAUCGAUGACAAGAACGGCGGCUUCCUGUUCUCCCCUGCAAACGCGACGGUGUCCUGCUUCGAGCUCCCCAACUUUUCCCCCACCAUCACAGGAGUGCUGUGGGACAACUGGCACGCAGACAGAGGCGUGUUUGUGGCUUUCGACGACGACAAGGUCUACACCUACGCUCUGCACAAAACGACUAUAUACGGUCCCCAGGUGGUGUUGGUGGGGAGCACGGCUCUGCUCUACUCCCAGAGGCCUCUGCUCUUGUACAACGGCGAGCUGACCUGUCAGACGACCAGCGGCAAGACGAGCGAAGUGGCUCUGAGCACUCACUCGUUUCUCAAAAGCUCGCCCGACGCGAGGAAGGACUCGCCGUCGGAGCUCAGCAAGCAGCUCGCUCAGGCUCUCAAGCUCAAAAGGUUCCAGGAGGCCUGGAGUCUGUGCAAGUCUGGAGGCAGCGCCGCUGACUGGGCCCAGUUAGGCAAAGCCUGUUUGGUCCACAUGGAGGUGGAGCUGGCCAUUCAGAUCUACCGCAUGAGUGGCAACGUGGGCAUGGUCCUGUCAUUACAGAGUUUCCAGGGUAUAGAGGACAAAAAUCUACUGGCAGGACAUUUAGCCAUGUUCUUGGAUGAGUACAACCUGGCGCAGGAUCUUUACCUGUCCUCAAGCUGCCCAGUAGCUGCUCUGGAGAUGCGAAGAGACCUGUUACACUGGGACAGCGCUCUUAUGUUGGCCAAGAGGCUGGCAGAAGACCAGAUUCCCUUCAUAUCCAAAGAGUACGCAGUCCACCUGGAGUUCAUCGGAGAUUAUGUCAAUGCCCUGGCGCACUAUGAAAAAGGCGUGACGCACAAUAACAAAUUCCAGGAGCACGAUGAGGCGUGCCAGGCUGGUGUAGCCAGGAUGUCCAUCAGGAUGGGGGACAUACGAAGAGGAGCAGCUCAGGCUAUUCAGCACCCAAGCAGAGUCCUAAAGAAGGAAUGUGGAGCCAUACUGGAGAGCAUGAAGCAAUUCUCUGAAGCGGCUCAGCUGUAUGAAAAGGGGCUAUAUUACGAUAAGGCUGCGUCGGUUUACAUUCGCUGCAAGAACUGGGCGAAGGUGGGAGAGCUUCUGCCAAACGUCUCCUCGCCAAAGAUUCAUCUCCAGUACGCGAAGGCCAAGGAGGCCGACGGCAAAUAUAAAGAAGCAGCUCGGGCCUAUGAGAGCGCAAAGGACUGGGAUAACAUGAUCCGCGUGCUGCUGGACCACCUGAACAAUCCGGAGGAUGCAGUUCGCGUCGUCAGGGAGACUCAGAGCCUCGACGGAGCAAAAAUGGUCGCCAGGUUCUUCCUGCGCCUAAACGACUAUGGAUCAGCCAUCCACUUCCUGGUUCUGUCUCAGUGUAACGACGAGGCCUUCCAGCUGGCUCAGCAGCACGGACAGAUGGAGGUCUACGCAGACAUCAUCGGCCCUGAAGCCACGCAGGAGGACUACCAGAGCAUUGCUCUGUACUUCGAGGGGGAAAAGAAGCACUUUCUGGCGGGCAAGUUUUUUCACAAGUGCGGGCAGUACGGCAGAGCGCUGAACCAUUUCCUGAAGUGUCCCGAAACCGAAGACAACCAGGCGAUCGAGUUGGCCAUUGAGACGGUGAGACAGGCCAAGGACAGCGCCCUGACCAAUCAGCUGAUUGAAUAUCUCCUGGGGGAAAGUGACGGGAUGCCCAUGGACGGAAAGUACCUGUUCCGUCUCUACAUGGCCCUGCAGCGAUACAGCGAGGCGGCUCACACCGCCAUCAUUAUUGCCAGAGAGGAGCAGUCGGCAGGGAACUACCGUAACGCCCGCGAUGUGCUGUUCAGCAUGUACACGGAGCUGCAGGCUCAGAAGAUCAAGGUCCCCGCAGAGAUGGCCACCAAUCUGAUGAUGCUCCACUCGUAUCUGCUGGUCAAGAUCCACGUGAGGAAAGGAGAUCACCUCAAAGGGGCACGGAUGCUCAUUCGGGUCAGCAACAACAUCAGCAAGUUUCCUUCACACGUCGUCCCCAUUCUGACGUCAGCUGUUAUCGAAUGCCAGCGCGCCGGGCUCAAGAACUCGGCCUUCAGCUUUGCGGCCAUGCUGAUGAGGCCGGAGUACCGCAACCAGAUAGACCCAAAGUACAGGAAGAAGAUCGAGGCUUUGGUCCGGCAUCCUGACACUUCGGAGUUAGAGGAGGAAACCACUCCCUGUCCUUUCUGUGGCUUCCAGCUGCCGCAGAACGACCUGCUGUGCCCCUCAUGCAAGAACAACCUACCCUACUGCAUCGCCACGGGACGCCACAUGCUGAAAGAAGACUGGUCCAUCUGUCCUCACUGUGAAUUCCCGGCGCUCUACUCUCAGUUCAUUCUGCUGCUGGAAACCGAGUCUGUGUGUCCGAUGUGCUCCGGGAAUCUGAGUGCCAAACAGGUGGAGAAGAUCUUGGACUGUUCCAAAUACCUUCACAAUGACGACCUGGACCAAUGACCUCCUCCUUCACCACCAAACCAGGGACCAGUUUGGAGACAAUGAUGCGCGCGUCGCCCUGAGAAACUGUGAAUGUUUGUUCUUAAAGCUCAUGGGUGAAAGCUUUUAAUGUGUUAUGUUUCCUAGUGAACUGUAGAUUUAUGUCCGUUGUGUAAAAUAUGUUCCUGAUCAGUCAAAGCUGGUUGCAGUCUUUCACGCCCCGAGUGGAAAUGCAGAUGUUAG